ACACACACACGCACCCCUCCCUCCCUCGGCCCUGCUCGGCGCGGAUCGAUAGUGCAGCAUCUGCUGCGGGAAGACAGCAGUCCCACAUCGCACUGGAAAAUUUUUCAAGCGCUAGAAUUGCUCAUCUCUAAAAAUUAAACUGACAGUCAGAUAUGAUUAUUAUUCCAAGUUUCAAACACCUACCCGCAUCAACUCCCACCUCUCUCUCUCUCUCUCUCUCUCUCUCGCUCGCUCUCACUCUCCGACGCACACAUACUCGCGACGCAUGCCUUUUUUAACGGGAACAUGACAGAAGUGUAAUUUUGUUGAUUAUUAGAUAGCACUCUUUAGGAAAGGUCGCUUGUGCUCUUAGAAAGAGGGUCAUAGGUGCGCGCGCACUGGAUAGAUCAAGUGCAUUGAUCUUGUUUAGCACUUCUGUGAUUGAGGAGCAAACUCUUUUUGUUAACUGUCCUCUGAAAGCUGACAGCUGAUAAGAACAGCUCUCUGUCACUACGCUUUGUUGCUUCAGUUAAUUGCCCUUAGCUUGAGAAAAUAAAACUGUAAUAGUAGCUACAUAAACGCUUUGGCCUUCUAAUUGGAUUACACAGUUGUUGUUGUUUUUCCAUAGGCCUACAUUUAAAAAACUUCCACAUUCAUAAUUUAUUAUCAACAAAAAUAUGGCCUAACACAAUUUUUGAAGAGCUGUAGAUUGAACUUAAUAAAUAAAAAUUACAUCAACAUCACAUUUUAUACUUAGACUCAAAAUAGGCUAUUGCUGCGCGUUUUCAAUUUUAGCUAACAAAUGAAAAAUCGCGUUGGCUUAAGGAGGUAACCAUAGCAACGCUGAACACUUUUCGUUAAAAUCCUUAAGGGACCGAAAACUAAAAAACAGAUGUCUAUCAUUAUUCAUUACUUUAUUUAAAGAUUUAUAUAUUACAAGCAGCAUAUAUGACAAAGUAAUUGUCUUUUGUUUACAAACUCUUUUAGAUAGGCUACCGUUAUUUGGUUAGCUAACGUUAACUGUGAUUAGGGCAUCAAAAGACAACUUGGGUUGCGCGAGAACCUCAACAGAAGAUUGCGCCGUGAAAAUGUUCUUAUUGAAUUAUAUAUAUAUAUUUUUUCAAGUCACCUUUUCUGAAACUCUAUAAUUUGAACACUGUCACGAGCCCCACCUAGGACAAUGGCUCCUUGAGGUCCACAGGAGGGAAGGAGUUAACGAGGGUUGUAAAUUCACCCCACAUCUGUCAGAUUUUAAGAGUGUGACGUACUGAGCAGGGGGGCUGGGGAAGAGACAGAGAGGAGAGAAAGAGUUGGGGACGAGAUCGAUGAGGAUACAGAAGGGCAAAACCACAGAGAUAAUGACAGCGACGGAGCGCGAUGCUUAGACAUACAUCGGCGCUCAGUUUUGACACGGUUGCUUGCAGCAUAGUCAAGUCCGGACAUCGGAUAAAAUCGUACGGCCUUACGCGUCAUUUGUGUUGCAUCUUCGACAGUCGUGGUCCAGCGAGAAUCUAGCGGAUAACAGGAGUGAAGGACCGGACCGUUGCUUUUUUUCUUUUUCUUUUUUUCCUCUCUCUUUUUUUGAACACCGAAAUGUGCUGAUGACACACAAAAGUCGUUGUUACGUAAAACCGACUGUUGUGUGAUGGUAAACUCGGGGUUUCUGCAGGUGUAUAGAAUAACCAAUUAUAGGUUUUGGAUUGUGUUUUGGAGAGGCUGUUUCGCUUUUCUCCAUCCUGUCGGAUAAGCUACGUUGCGAGUUUUGGUCAACAAGGCAAUAGCAGGACUCACAUUGAUGAAUUCAGAAGCAUUUAUGGAACACAGAAUUUGCUUGCAUGACCCAAGAUGGUUUCACUGUGAUGAAAUGUCUCUGAGAGUACACUGAAAUCAGAUUUUGACAUAUAAACAGCACCAGGAACUGUUUUUAGAUCAUAUUACAGAAACCACACUCUAGAAGGCUAGAAAACACUGCUGGAAUUUAAAGAAGUGAAGCAAGGAAGGUACAGAUAUGGAUGGUAAUAUGGGUGAGAUGUCUGUGCACUGCCACGUAGAGCUGGCACACAGUCAGGACAGCAGAGCCAUGCUGCACUCUCGGGAUCUCACGGCUGCUUUCCCUCGUCCCUCUCUGGGAGGUCCCGCCAUGGGCCUGGAGUCUGACCACCAGAGCCCCGCGUAUGACCACAGCAUGGCAACUCUCGGGUACAGCAGGGACCCACCAACCAGCUGUGGAAGCACCUACACCACACUCACACCCCUCCAGCCCUUUGAUGACAAAUUCCACCCUCAUCAUCACCAUCCCUGCCUACCUGUGAGCAACGUCAUUGGCAGCUUCACUCUCAUGCGUGAAGAUCGAGGCCUAGGAGGAAACUACUAUACCCCGUACGGAAAGGAUUUUGGUUUGGGACAGGGUCUGUCUCCACCGUUAGGCAGUGCAGGCCUGGAGACCGCCAUGCAUGGCUAUGGCAGCUUGGGAAGUCAGAAUGGACACAGUAGCCAGAUGCUUCCAGGUGGCCAUGAGGUCCAUAUGGGCAACAAUGGGGGUAACAUCUGUCGAACACCACCAGACUUCGGAAGAGAGAUGUCACCGCCCUCUCUGGGGGGUGAGCAUGGGGUCAGCCACCAGCUAAACAAAAUGGAUGCCCAUCAGCUCACUUCCACCUACCACCCCCAUAUAUACAACCAAAGUUAUCAGCACCACCUCCAGAGCCAACAGGCUUCCAAACUCGGGGAUCUCCCCUCUUCUUCCCCUUCCUCGUCCAGCUCCAGCUUGGGGAGGGAGGGCAUGCUGGCCAGCUCGCAGAAUGGCGGUGGAGGGGAAGAGAUCAACACCAAAGAUGUGGCUCAGAGAAUCAUCACUGAACUGAAGAGGUACAGCAUCCCACAGGCCAUUUUUGCAGAGCGAGUUCUGUGCAGGUCUCAGGGCACUCUGUCAGACCUGCUUAGGAACCCCAAACCUUGGGGGAAACUCAAGUCUGGCCGCGAAACCUUCAAGAGAAUGUCCCACUGGCUGCAGGAGCCAGAGUUUCAGAGGAUGGCCUCGUUACGUCUGGAAGCUUGUAAGCGUAAGGAGCAGGAGCAAUCCAAGCUAGAGCGCAACCAGGGGCCCAAGCGUACCCGGCUAGUCUUCACAGACCUGCAGCGUCGCACUCUUAUGGCCAUUUUCAGAGAGAACCACCGACCGACCAAAGACCUGCAGAUCAACAUUUCUCAGCAGCUUGGCCUUGAGCUUUCCACAGUAAGCAACUUCUUCAUGAAUGCUCGCCGCAGAAACCUCAACCGCUGGACCGAAGAGGGCCGCCCAUCCUCCACUGGCUCGUCGGGGUCCAGCACUGCGUCUCCAGCAGUGACCUGCUCCACGGCAUGAUGGGAAAACGAGCCGUUUUACGAUCUGCACAGCACAGGUUUACCUGUAGCUCCUGGAGUGUGAGAUUUUGAAUCAAGGGUGUUUUUGUAUACAAAUCAACAGCAUAUGAAACCAAAGAUGAAGUUCGCAAUGUCUAGAUGAGACAGGAUUUGAUUGUAGUUUUAGCAUUGAUUAUUUUAGAUUUAAUCUCAAAGGAUUGGCCCGACACAUCAGGGUUUAUGAAAUCACUCACAGAUCAACAUAUUGAGGGUUAUGAAACGCUACUGAAUAGAUAUUGAAUCUAUUAAUUUUGUAAUUCGUUACAGCGGCUAAAAUCAGUGCAAAUGUUUCUGGUUUUUCUUUGUUGAUCAUGAGAGUGAAAAUGAUAUUUUUAGAGUUCUCGAAAGAAAGAGAGAUGAUUUUGCAACAAAUGGAAACUUAAUGACCAAAGAAAAAAAAAAAAAGGAUGCAAAUGAAUCUUUCGGAGAUUGUUUUAAAGGGAAAAACUACUGGAUAAAGAAGCUGAAACCAAAAUAUGAACAUAUUUGAGAGCUUGUUUUCUUUUUAUACACCUUCGUUACAAAAAGCCAGGCCUCAUAGUCCAAAAAAGGCAUCCGCUGUGGGACAACUACAGUCUCAGCACAGGACUGAAGUCGAAUCCUCUCAGACAAUAUGAGGAGGAACUUAGCCAUGACUCUUUCUGCAACAGACUUUUAACUUAUUGGUGAGUUUCUGCGGACAGAAUGGCUGCGGAGAGGAAUCCAGGAUGCUCUUGCAUACUUUCCAUCUGAUUUCAAAUGAUUUCUUAGAUGUCACACUGAGGAUGGAGAAAUCCAUUUGUUUUUGUAAAAAAUUUCAAGCACACAAUCUGGCCGAUGGCUGUUCGUACCGGAAAAUCUCAAAGAACCUGAUGAAAAAUACUCACGAAAAGCUUGAAUUGAACAAGAACUGAGAACCACUUUGUCUAUUUAUAAUCAUGUAUUUAUUUCCAAUCUUCUAGCUAUUUAUUUUAUUUAUUUGCUAGUUACCAUCAGUAUUUAUUUCACCAGUGUUGAUUGUGUGUGAAAAAUGAUAGGAGACCCAGUACCAAAGAUGAAUAUUUGUCCUCCCUGAAUGUCCUCAUCUCUUGAACGCUGUGUUAGUAUUUCGAUAGCCAAGCUAGCGUACCCAUCCAUGUUCAUCGUUCACAUGUGCUGCAUGUCUAGACCCUUCAGGCCACAGCCUGACCGAACAAACCGAGACUCAGCGUGGUUGUAAACAGCUCACAUGUGGCUGUGAAGUCGAGAUGAUUCUAUAUUUAGGCUGUUGAACUGUGAUCUCCUCACUGCGGUCCACAUUUACUGUACGAUGUGAUUGUACGUGCUGUGCCGUGGUCUCUCGGGGUGGGCCGUCGAGGGAGAGCUUUUUCAAUGCUCUUUCACGUUCCCCUGUGUUUAACCUUUGCAGGGCAUGUUGAGGCCCCUUCACAGCACACACUUGAAAGAGGGCCCAUGAAAGAGGCCAUCGACUUUUGCUGACUUCAAAGAGGCCCUUUUUAUCUGUGUCCUCUCGGCGGCUGAGGCUGGUGCUCAGCACUCGGUAGGCCCAUGGGCUUAGGGCAUUCAUUACCGAAUCACGGUGAGAAAGGGGAGGGGUGGGUGGUGAAUGGGUGUUUGGGGAUGUGAAUUAAAGUUUAAUGAGAGACAAUUGUAAGCGUGCUGCGCGAGGGGCAAAGGGUGUCAGCGUGUGUGCGUCUCAACUCUCCAGGUCACCCUGUUGCAGCACUGGUGG